UCCCUCCCUCCCCGCGGCCGCCGCCGCCGGGAGCGCCAUGGGACAAAAGACGCGCUGAGCAGCGCGGCCCCAGCGCCCAGGCCGCGCCCGCCCCGCUCCGUGCCCAUGGCGGCGCGGAGCCGCUAGGAUCCCCCCGGAUCCCGCCGCCAUGCCGAGCGGCAGCGCCGCCGCCGCCUCCCCCUCCGCCGAGCCCGCCGAGCCCCCCCCGCUGCUGCUGCUCCAGCAGCGCCUCGCCGGCCUCGGCCUCCGCGACCUGCGCGCCCGGAGGCGGGGGGGGGCGAGCGCGGCCGCACCGCUGGACCCCCCCGGGGAGCCGGGGCCUGGCGGGGCGGAGGAGGCGGCCGAGGGGGACGCCGAGCUGGGCGAGGAGGAGGCGCUGCUGGCGGAGGACGAGGAGGAGGAGGAGGAGGCGGCCGCGCUGCUGCUUCUCCCCUCGUCCUCCUCGCCCCCCCAGGCGCUGCUGCCGCUGGGCUCCGUGCUGCUCUCGCCGCCCUUCGAUGCGGGGGAGGCGGCGGCCGGGCCGCGGGGAGCGAUGGCGGCGCUGCUGGGCCAGGCGUGCGGGGGGGCCGGGGAGCAGCCGGCCCUGCUCCGCAGAAAGAGCGUCAACACCACCGAGUGCGUGCCCGUGCCCAGCUCCGAGCAUGUGGCCGAGAUCGUGGGGCGACAGGGUUGCAAAAUCAAAGCGCUGAGGGCCAAGACGAACACGUACAUCAAGACCCCCGUUCGUGGGGAAGAACCCGUCUUCGUCGUCACCGGCCGGAAGGAAGACGUCGCCAUGGCCAAAAGGGAAAUCCUCUCGGCCGCCAAACACUUCUCCAUGAUCAGAGCGUCGCGCAACAAGAACGGACCCACCUUGGGGGGUUUAUCGUGUACCCCCAACCUGCCGGGCCAGACGACGGUCCAAGUCCGGGUGCCUUACCGCGUCGUGGGGCUGGUGGUGGGACCCAAAGGAGCCACGAUCAAAAGGAUUCAGCAGCAAACCCACACCUACAUAGUCACUCCCAGCCGGGACAAGGAGCCCGUCUUCGAGGUGACGGGAAUGCCCGAGAACGUCGACCGGGCGCGCGAGGAGAUCGAGAUGCACAUCGCCAUGCGCACCGGCAACUACGUGGAGCUCAACGAGGAGAACGAUUUCCACUUCAACGGGACGGACGUCAGCUUCGAGGGGGGCGCGCUGGGGUCCGCCUGGCUCGCGGCCAACCCCGUCCCGCCCGGCCGCGCCAGGAUGAUCUCCAAUUAUCGCAACGAUAGCUCCAGCUCCUUGGGAAGCGGCUCCACCGAUUCCUAUUUCGGAAGCAAUAGAUUGGCCGAUUUCAGCCCGACGAGUCCCUUCAGCGCCGGCAACUUCUGGUUUGGAGAAACGUUGCCUUCGGUGGGCACGGAAGAUCUCGCCGUCGAUUCUCCCGUCUACGACUCCUUACCGCCGCCUUCCCAAACCAUUUGGACUCCUUUUGAACCCGUCAACCCUCUGUCCGGCUUCGGUAGCGACGCCAAGCCCCAGCGCCAAGGGAGCCAACCGUCUACUCCUCGUUUGUCGCCCACUUUUCCGGAUAACCUGGAUCACCCUCUGGCGAGGAGAGCGAGGAGCGACCCACCCAACGCCCACCCAAGCGGCCUCCCCAUCUACAUCCCCGCCUUCUCCAACGGUACCAACAGUUAUUCCUCUUCCAACGGCGGUUCCACCUCCAGCUCCCCCCCGGAAUCGCGCCGGAAACACGACUGCGUCAUCUGCUUCGAGAGCGAAGUCAUCGCCGCCCUGGUCCCCUGCGGCCACAACCUCUUCUGCAUGGAGUGUGCCAACAAGAUCUGUGAAAAGGAAACGCCGGCGUGUCCCGUUUGCCAGACGGCUGUUACUCAGGCAAUCCAAAUUCACUCUUAAAAAUAUAUAUAUAUAUAUAUAGAUAUUAUUAUAUAUGGACUUGGUAAACUCUUUACGAGUCACGGGUGUCACGGUACCCUCUAGUAAACUUCCUAAUGAAUUCUGACUGUUGGGCUUUUCUUGGGAUUUAGGCUGAAGUUGUUCUGCGAGAUUUCGACGUUCUCAAAAGGCUGCUACGCUAACACUAAACCUCGGCGGGAGGAGAUGGCGGCGCCGGGUUUGCAGCGGUUUACACGAAAUAACGCACUGCUUCUCCGGCUUUUCCGAAGGAUCCGGGAAGCGCGAUAACCCGUCUGCCGCGGAGGGUUUGUGGCAUUAUCGAUGUAUCAAGCAACACUUCCAACGCUGCCUUCUUUACACUGCCAGUUUUGAAACAAACAGGUUUGGGAAUGACUCUUCUUUUUGCUUUGCGCGACAACUUAGGCCUAAUUCUCGUUGCGAAUCCCUUUCUUGUGUAUCCUUCAAAAGCGCCGUUUGAUUUCUCGACGUGGACGACGUUCAGCUGAUCAAUCACGGCGCGAAGCUGCCCCGACGCGAUUCCAUUUUGCGGUAGGAUCAGGAAUAUCUCGAUUGAUUAAUUCCUCCCCGUAUCACGUGGCAAAGCCCGGUUGGCUUCAUCCUACAACUUGGCGACACGAUUCCCGCUGACAUUCCGUUCGUUAGGCCGAUCGAGUUGUUCUUAAUUACAGUUUUUUAGCGUAGGAUUCCAAUUGUGAAGCAUCUUUACGUUGGCUCCGUCUUUUUCUUGCACGUAUCUCAAGGUAGAGUUUCUUUUUAGGAAGGAAAAGGAAAGACAACAAAGAGUUGACGUGUCCCCGUAUUAUUGACAUCGGCCCUACAAUCAGUUGACGUCUUUCCAAUCAUAAAGAAUAAAAAUAAGCCAAAAUAAGUAUUUUGGAGCUUCUUACAUUUCAACCUGUGGAUGUUUCCAGCGUUUUCAUCCUCAGUACGUUCCCAAAUCUGUGCUGGCAAAUAUUAAACCAACAACAAAAAGACACAAAGUGGAGUCCGGGUGGAUUCUUUUCUAUUUUUUGAAGCAUUAUUUUCCCAAGAAAAAGCUUUUUUUGUCAUUAUAUUAAAAAAAAAAAAGACAAAAAAAAAGUGUAUUGAACUAGUAAAUAUACAGAAAAUGUUAUUUUUUAUUUCCACUUGAAGAGUUACAUUUCGUAUCAAAAACCAAGUUUACAAAGAACGGUUUUUAUUUUGCGACUUUCAGCCGAAGAGUUGCCUUGAGGGCACCUUUCAUGCUAAUUGCUUGUAGGUUAAUUAAUAGCUCCGCGUCAGUAUUGAAACUUAAUCCUGUAGGUCCGAACGAACCCGAACCCUCGUCCCGCAUGUGUUUUGUAUUUUAGCGCCUCGUACACGGCAACUAAUACGCCAAGGAAUCGCCAGCCGUUAGGUGCGUGUACCCUUUGUAGAAACCACAACCGUUAACGAUCAGACUAUCCAAUUAGUUUAGUAUUUGCUAAUUUUACUACACUUUUUGUUAUGUAUAUGUAGGGCGGUCGUAGGGAUUAUAAAUUCAAGUAAAGCCGAAAAAAAAACAAACAUAUAUUUUAUGAUAAAAGGGCCUUUAACUUAUGACGGCCAAAGCACUGAUAUUAUAUAUUUGCUGUAAAGAGAAUUAUAAGAGUUUUAUUUUUCUGAUAUUAAAAGUUACUUAAUAAAGACUCGUUUCCAUUAACUGGAA